UAUUCCCUUUACCUCUUCCCUCCUCCUUCCACUAUGAGUACUCUCAUUCUCAUUCUCACUCACACGAAGCAACGAAUCUCUCUAUCUCUUCCUCCAAAUCAAAACCAAAUCUCAAAUGAUCGAAUCACACAAAAAUGUCUCUGCAAAAAUUCAAGCUUCUCGCUACUCAUUGCAGCACCGUCGCGGAGAGUCCAACGCGUAGUCCAGUAAUCCACCUCCGCCGUCGUAAAACGCUGCGUUUGUUACUAACAAGAUCAUCUUCAGAUCGGUGGAGGUUACCUGAGAUCCAAAACAACGUAGAUGAAUCGACGAAAUCUGAUAAGAGAGGUAAGAUCCGAUCUCGACGGAAGCUUAGAGAGCUUUUUGUUUCGUCGCCUCCGUUUGAGAAAAGUGUCGGCGGUGGCGGAGGAGGCGAUAAGGGGAAGAAGAAGAUGGAGGUCGAGGAUGAUGACGGCGUUAAUGAUAAUAAUAACGGAGGUGGUGGUGAAGAGAUAACGGCGGCGAGGAGUGUAGUGGGCUUUACUGGGUCUGUUAGGCCCAUGUCGUCUGUUACACUACGAUGUAGGUUACUUCGACGAGCUUGGCGUCCCGUUCUUGUAACUAUUCCUGAACAAUAAUAAUUAAACUCUUGUAACAAAAAUAAAACUUAAUUUAACAUUUUUGUCGGUUGUUUAUAUAUUCUUGUUCUUGAUUUUGCCAAAUUCGUUAAGUCUAAUUCAUUUUGUGAAAAAUUUAUGACAAAAAUUUGAUAGAAUGGUUCGUAUUUGUAUGAAUUUUGUAUUUGAUAUUUUAAA